GUGAUCCGGGCCCUCGUUCAGAAGCUGUACGAGGCCACAGGCGUACACUCAGACCCAGGUUCGACAGCUUUGAUGGUUUGGUGGUGCACCUCUGUGUGGCACUCCAGAGGAGGAGUCCAACACGACAUCUGCAUCAGCGCGCCGCCUUUCAUUUCAGUUCCUGUUGCUGUGUGGACGCCAGGCAUGAGCGCAGCAGGAGUGCACCGAGGCUUCCUCAGAAAAUACGGUGGCUUCAUGUUUAAGCAGUGGAAGGAGAAGUACCUCGUGCUGACCGCAGAGGGAAACCUGCUGGUGUGCCGGGAUGCAGAGUCCCCUCCGGACCAGGUGGUACCCCUGCACAGCGGCUGUGAGUCCAUCGCAGAGGGACGAGAGAUCAUUGACCUGCCCAAGUUGCCUCCAGGCGGAAGAAGGGACUGCUGCUUUGCCCUCAUCCUGCCACAGAGCAAGUUCCUGCUGCUGCUCUCAGACAACCCAGAGGACUGCAGUCUUUGGCUGAAGAUGAUCAGGAAAGUGAGAGAGGGUGUCAUGUCACCCCUGACCCUGCAGAGACAGCGCAGCCUCACCCCCUGCAUCACAGACAGAGAUCCCCUCCCCGACUCUGGCAGUGAUAAAGAGCCGGGGUCACCCAUGGUUGGCGAGGGCACCCCCCCUCUGUCUCGGGUCACUGAGCGGGGGGGCUCCUUCAGAGAGAGAGGGCAAAACCAAGCUAAUGUAGCACGGCGGCCUCUGCGAAGUGUUUCUGUGGCACCCCCUCAUCGUGUGUCUGACUGUCUUCGCCAUGGCAACAGCAGUGAUGCCCGGGCAGUGAGGGCGGUCUGCUUGCUGAUGGGGGGGGCGGCAGCCUCGUCCGCUUUGGGCUACCUCAACUCCUGCUCCCCCUCCUCUCCUCUAGCCACAAGAGCCCCAGAAAUUGCCCACGGCUCCGGGGGCUUCUCCGAGCUUUCUGCGGGUGGCUCCUUCCACGCCUGCAGCCAGGACGUCGACUCCCCCCACUUUAACAGCUUCGACUUUGAAGGAGACUCCGACUUUGAUGCGUUCGACUGUGGAGGAUUUGCUUUUUAGUUGUGACUAGAAACAGAGAGACUGAGAGACCUUUCAAACUCCCUGUACUGGUACUGUCAUAGGACUCAUUUAGCAGUUAAUAAAGGUGUGCUUCCUGGCUUUAUGCCAAUGCUCCUCAGGUUAAUCAUUCGUGAUCCCGACUCCUCUGAAUACUGUCCGUGUUGCAUCCGUGCCACCGUGGCUUGAGGUUAACUGGGUCGGCAGUUUGAGUGCAGUCACGCAGACUUUAGAAGAACAUGUUGGUCUCAGAUUUAGAGCUGCCUGUGGCUGAAGCAAAGGUGAGCUCACUGAAUGUUUUCUCCAGUGUGUUGUGCCCUGUGUUUUUGGAAGUGACUCUUUUACAGUGUAACCUUACAUAAAGGUGAACACUGAAUAAAUCCUGCUGUCAACAUGA